AUGAGCCAACCGCAUUGUCAAACAGACAACAUGACCUUGGUUGAAGAAAUGGUCAUUGCCAGUGCCAGACCGGCCAAUGGAAGAACCUGUUGUGGGAUGCUCGUCAAGGGCGUCGAUGGGACUACUGUGACCCUAGGAAGCAAGAGCGAAUCCAGAGAACGGAGAAAGAAUAACCUCAGUGGAGAAGAAUUGGAUCAAAUUGAAGAUCAAUAUCUUAAUUUGGCCAGUUAUUCCAACAAGCUCAUUUGGGCCGACAAGAAAUCCAAAAAGUCGGAAGCCAGUGGGAUCUAUUACUCGAUCGAAGUCUCCAAGGACCCUGCCAAAGCCUUUGAACAAGAAGCACUUGAAUCUAUUGCCAAGCGUCAUGCGGUCAUUAUGGAUUCCUGGGACUUUUAUCGAAUCAUUUGUUCCUUGUUGAGAGAUCGACGCAAAUACAAAGAAGUCUAUCGCAAGAUGCAACUCGAUCCGGUAUUUCCCUACCUCAAUUCCAUGACGGGAUUGGACGAUCCUGGUGAAACUGGAUAUGUCAACCACGACAAGGCACUCAUUCAAAAGGAUUUGCCCAAAUACUCCAGAAUGACUAGAUGGGAAGUGGCCAAAGAUACGCCAAUGCGGCUCUGCCGUCGUUGGUGGAGAUCUGCAAUACGUUGGCGGGCAGCUUCGGAAUGGAAGAAGUGGGUGUGGGACCCAUCAAGGAAAUGCCAGCCUUGCUCGCUACGCAAGGCAGAAAAGAAGUAUGAUGGAGAUUUGCUGAAAGUGACGGACUGUUGUGUGCCUUGGUCGUUGUCAAGGGGCAUCGGGACAUUCGUCGUUGGCAGAGUCUAUUUUAUUUUAUUUGAAUAG